AGAUAACCGAUAUCACGUGUAUUCAGUUGUCUAAAUUUAAACUAAAUUUUUAAUUGUUUUAUAUUGCUAUCGCUGAUUGUUUUUAGAAAUCAUAACUGAAGUUUUUCAAAGUGUCGGAUUUUGUUGCUUUUUUUUACCUCCAAAGUACAUUAUUAGAUUGGAUUCUGACCUUCUGUAAAGUGAUGUGCACACGGAGAUAUUGCAUUAGCUGGAAAAUUUAAAAUUCAUCAUGGCAGCCGAGGAUAAAACCCCGAUAGUGAACGAAAUAUAUGCUAAUAAUUAUAUAAGUUCAUUGGAUGUGCAAACCCCUGAAAAUAAUUAUGAAGCUUCAAAGGGAUUUGAAAUAACUCCAGGACAGGUCAAAAUACCUAUAACAAAGGAUAAAUCUUUCAGUUUUAGGAAACUGUGGGCCUUUACAGGACCGGGUUUUCUCAUGAGUAUAGCUUACCUUGAUCCAGGUAAUAUAGAAUCGGAUUUACAGGCUGGUGCUAUUGCUAAAUACAAGUUGAUAUGGGUGUUAAUGUGGUCCACAGUACUAGGGCUGAUACUUCAACUUUUGGCUGCAAGAUUAGGAUGCGUAACAGGUAUGAAUCUAGCACAAGUGUGUCAUCUAGAAUAUCCAAUGUUUCCUCGUAUCACUUUGUGGUUAAUGGUAGAGAUAGCAAUCGUUGGAAGUGAUAUACAAGAAGUUAUAGGAUCAGCUAUUGCUUUAAAUUUGUUAUCAAAUCACAAAAUACCUAUAUGGGCAGGUGUCUUAAUUACUGGUGUUGACACCUUCACAUUUUUAUUUUUGGAAAGUGCAGGGCUGAGGAAAUUAGAAGCAUUCUUUGGCGCUCUCAUCACAACAAUGGCUGUAACAUUUCUUUAUAUUUAUGUGAAAAUUAUGCCAAACCAGGGAGACAUUCUGAUUGGAAUGUGGUUUCCAUGGUGUGAGGAUUGUGAUAAGGACUCAAUUGUACAGCUAGUAGGAAUUGUGGGAGCAGUCAUCAUGCCACAUAAUAUAUAUCUCCAUAGUGCUUUAGUUUUAACAAGAAAUAUUGACAGAACUGACAAACAUGAGGUGGCCGAGGCAAUCAAAUACAACAGUAUAGAAUCAGCAAUAGCAUUGUUUGUAUCCUUUAUCAUCAACCUGUUUGUGCUAGCAGUAUUUGCUGCAGCUUUCUCGGGUCCAACUUUUAGAGAGGAGGCUAGUUUACACAAUGCUGGCACUUGGUUAUACGAGCAAUACGGACUUGGUGUAAAGAUCAUUUGGGGAAUAGGUAUCCUGUCUGCUGGUCAAAGUUCUACAAUGACGGGAACUUAUGCAGGGCAGUUCGUAAUGGAGGGAUUUAUGAAUAUAAGAUGGUCAAAGUGGAAACGGGUUUUAUUGACUAGGUCUAUUGCCAUGGUACCAACAAUUAUUGUGGCUCUCAUAGCGACCAAUGACCUUGAUGCAAUGAACAACUGGUUGAAUGUCCUCCAGAGCGUUCAACUUCCGUUUGCUUUACUACCGGUGUUACACUUUACGAGCAGUGAAACCAUUAUGAGAGAGUUUAAAAAUGGAAGAGUCAUGAAGAUUACUGUUUGGGGUUUAGCUAUUUUAGUUAUGGGGAUUAACUUUUAUCUUGUAAUAAUAUCUGUGGGAUCCGGAAAUCAAUGGUGGAUUUAUGUAAUCGCUGUUAUAGUAAUAUUUGUAUAUCUGGCCUAUGUGGCAUAUAUUGCUAUUGGCCCACACACUGUAUUAAAACUAAAGAUGAUGAUUGCUUUGAAGUUCAACAAAGACACUGAAAAAAUUCAGAAUGAAAUUGACAGAAGGGAAACUCUCAAAUAUACAACAAGAGAAGAUCUUAGCAACACAGCACCUGGAUAAAUCUACUCUAGAUAUCUACAAGAUACUUUCAUUAGUUUCUUUCAUAUUGAUUGAAGUAGGAGGAGGAAUCUAUAGCACAAAAGUUGAAAUUGUUAAAAGUUAGCUUUCUUGUGAAAAAAAGAUUUAUUCACAAAAAUUCUUUUUAUUUAUAUCAGUAUCCUUAGUUGUUAUUUGGUGGCAUUAUAUUAUAUAUAAUUAGCUACUUGUGGAAACUCCUUCAUUAUGUCUUAUUGAUAGUCUCUUUCAAGAAUAAUUUUGAAAAUAUGUGAAAAAUACACAAAUAACUUAUUUGAUUAUGGACCUUUUGUGCAUUAUAGUGAUAUUAUUAUUAGGUGUAAAAUGAUUUAUAUGUACACUCAAACAUGUACCAUACCAUGAAGUGAUAUUCUACACCUCAUAUUAAAACAUAAUUUUUAGAA